AGAAUUGAGAACCCCGGGGCCACGAGGAUUGGCUCAAUUCAUUUCAUCAUUCAUAAACGUGCGAAAACGAUAUAUCACCAAUGGCAUUACCGGUGGCCUCUAGAUUUCUCCGAUUGUCAGUCGACAAUUUUUACCAAAUAUCGCGUAAAACAAUUCUCAGAUCAUGUAAUUCGACGUCAGUCAUGAGCCAGAGAUACGGCACAGCUCCAGAGCAAAAUGCUGAGGCCUCCGAGGUAUCGGAAUUAUCGGAGAACGAGAAGAAAUUGAAAUCAGAAAUGGAUCAGCUGGGGAAGGAGAUUCUCGUCCUGAGGGAGAGAAAUUCAGAGCUUGAUGACAAGUACAAACGAGCACUUGCAGAUGGUGAGAACCUGAGGAUGAGACUUACGAAGCAGAUCGAGGAUGCAAAGUUGUUUGGAAUCCAGGGUUUUUGCAAAGAUCUCCUGGAUGUCGCUGACAUCCUGGGGAAAGCCACUGAAAGUGUUCCCAAGGACGAGCUCACCGAGAGAAAUCCACACCUCAAGACUCUGUACGAGGGACUGAGAAUGACUGAGUCACAGCUGCAUAAGGUGUUUAAAAAGCACGGACUGGUCUCCUUGAAUCCCCUCGAUGAGAAAUUCGACCCGAAUCAGCACGAGGCCCUUUUCCAGCAAGAGGUAGAGGGUAAGGGCCCUGGGACAGUUGUGGUUGUCUCAAAAGUCGGUUACAAGUUGCACGAGAGGAUAGUGCGUCCUGCCCUCGUAGGAGUUUCCAAGGCAUAAUUAAUUUCUAAGACUAAUCAAUUUAUUGUUCGUUAGAAAAUUCUACAAUUCCAGAAUUUGCACGUUUAUUAUGGUUCAAUGUCGUAAUAUAUUGGUGGGAGUGAAUAAAUGACUCGUCAUUGCUCCAAGUUCCA